AUGAGUCAUCUUCAAACCGAAACUUUGCUACCGCCCGAUGCAAGCAAUCUCUCUUCUUUAGUGAUUGGCUCAUCAAAUGCAGCGGAAACCAUAUUUCAUCGACCUGCUAUUCACAGUGGUAGUGAAAACACAAUCAUUUCAGAAUUUGCUGCCUCUAUCAAGCCCGAAAAUGGUGUUGAUCAUGUAUACCAAAAUGGAAAAUCAACAACACAACAAAAUAACGGCCGUGAUGAACAAGAGGCUCUCACCGUUCUUUCAUCAUCACACUCCAGUAAUGAUGUGGAAGAUGCUCUUCUUUUACAGGAAUUAGCAAAAGCUAGUAGAUCACCUUCGGUAUCGACUUCCAACGGAACCUCUUGCAAUAUGUCUACACCAACAUUUGAUAAGCCGUUAAAGAUGAAGCUGAAGGAAGAAAAUGUAAAAUUACCUAAAAAAAAGAGAAAAACCUAUUUAGAUGAAAUCCAACAAAACAACGGCAAGCAAAAUCCAACAAACGAUGAAGAUGAUGAAAGAGAGGCUCACAACAAUAGAAACUUUGAAUAUGUUGAAGAAAAUAUUUAUUUAGGAGAUUCCACAGUGUUUCAAUGGAAAAAUUUGUUUGACGAUGACAUUAUUAUGUGCAUGUGUGGACCAAAUCGAAAGAAUGGCGAAGUUGGUGGUGAUGACCAUUGUGGAGAGUCAUGUGUGAAUAGAGUGCUGUGCAUGGAAUGUGUAUUGGGACAUUGUGCAUGUGGAUCUAAAUGUACAAAUAACCGAUUUCAGAAAAAGAGUUGGAAAAAAAUCACUGUUAAGAAGGCAGGCGAGAAGGGUUACGGAAUAUUCGCCAACGAACGCAUUCCUAAAGGAAGUUUUAUUAUUGAAUAUGUGGGUGAAGUUCUUGACGAGAAAAUUUACAAACAACGCCAAGAAGCUUAUGAUGGAGAACGCCAUUAUUAUUUUCUUUCUGUUGGUCCUAAUCAAAUUAUUGAUGCCUCUAAAAAGGGAAACAACGCUAGGUUUAUUAAUCACAGUUGUGAUCCAAACUCUGUUUUACAGAAAUGGACCGUCGGUCAUCAAUCUAGGAUAGGUGUGUUUGCCUUAAGAGAUAUUGAAAAAGGAGAAGAAAUAACAUUCGACUAUGCAAUGGAAUGUUAUGGUGUUUCUCUUCAGAAAUGUUAUUGCGGAAGCAAAAAUUGUAGAGGAACAAUUACAUCCAAAGAAGCAGCAUCCUUGCUUGAUUUAAAGGAGAAAAACUCGAAUCUGGACAAGGAACGUAACAAGAGAAUCAAAAAUCACAAACUUGAUUCUAAGUUUAAACAAAGAACUCUAUAUACUCUGAAAAUAUUGGAAGAUAACAACAAGCUUCCAAAAGAUGUACAGGAUGCAGCUGACUUUGGUAACGUUUGUCUUUUAAGAAAUAUGAGGAAAGUCCAACAAAAAAGAUUUAGACAAUUUCUUUCGAUUGAAAAGCAAAUUUCUGAUCAAUUUAAACAAAAUCAGGAAGAAGAAAAAGAUGAAUUUGGACUCACAGAAUAUGAAAGAGCUCAAAUGACAAAAAUUUAUGAGCAAAUUCAAAAAGGUAAUAUCAACAACCUCAAUGUUAGAGGUUUUAACUACAGAAGAUGUAAAACAAGAACAAAGGAAACCACUACUACAGUUCAAGAUGUUGCUUUUGUUUCCAAUGAAAAACCUAGAGUGUCAGUCAGAGGUCGAAAGAAGAGUACCGAAAAGAUGGAGGAUGAAGCUCCUAAAAAACGCAGAGGUAGACCACCUAAGAGAAAGAUUGAAGAAGCAGAAAGUGAGGAAGAAUCUUCUGAAGAUGAUAACGAAGAAGACGAAGAUGAAGAGGAACAUUCCGCAUCAGAUGAUUGUGAUAUGUCAUACGACGAAGAAUCUGAAGAAGAAGAAGAAGCUUCCACAAGACGAAAAAAGAAGUCCACUAGCUCCUCUUCACAGGGCACCACCAAACGAAAGGUUGGUAGACCAAGAAAACAUCCACUCCCUGACAAGCCAGAAGAAGGAAAAAGAAAAGUGGGUAGACCAAAGAAGAACGUUUCACAACCUGCAACGACCGAUGCCAACAAGCCCAGUAGCGAGCAAUCUGCUUCAGCUCCAGUCAAACGAAGAGUUGGAAGACCAAGAAAAGAAGAGGUAUUGGCACGAGAGCGAGAAGAAAAAGAAAGAAAACGAAAAGAAAAAGAGCAACGUGAGUUGCAGAAAAAGAAAGAAGCUGAAACAAACAAGAUGGCUCUUAGUAGUGAUGAAUCCACCGAAGAGGAGGAACCACCAAAACGAAAAGUUGGUCGUCCAAAGAAAAAUACUACACCCACCACCACAUCGAAUGCUUCAAAGCCUGAAGAAAAACCACUUAAGAGAAAGGUCGGUAGACCAAAGAAAGAAGAGACCUUAGCGAAAAGUACAGCUGCUGUAUCAUCUUCCAAACCAAUUGCAAAUCCUCAAGAUCAAAACAGAAUCAAAUCAAAAACAACAACUUCAGAGAUCACAAGGAAAGAAUCCAAGCCAAAUAGUGAUGCAAAAGUCACAACUCUACCUACAACCCCAACAUUGACAUCUACUCAGUCACUCAUGAAGUCGCCUCCUCCAAAAAUUCAGAAUCCUUUCUCUGCUUCUUCAUCAAGCUCUGUGACCAUUACGACACCUUCAACUCCAACAAAGAAACCUACAACUGCAGUUACAGAGAUAACACCCAAGAAACCAGUUCAAACACCUCCCACAACAACAAGUAGUAGCAACAAUGCAACAGCCUCUUCAUCCGCCUUCACAACUGAAACAAGGAAUGAAACUAAAGCUUCAAGCAGUGAAAAAGUCUCCACAUUGUCACAACAACAACCAGUGAAGAGAAAAGUUGGAAGACCAAAGAAAGAAGAAGUAUUGGCUAGAGAAAAACAAAAAGAACAAGAGCUUAAAGAAAAGAAACAGGAGCAAGAAAAGCCAUCCGAUGAUAAGCCUGUUGUUAAAAGACCAAGAAAGAUUGUACACAAUAAUGCAUCAUCUAGUAACGCUACCAAGCGCUCGAGUUCCAGCGAGGAAGAAUCUUCCUCCUCAGAAUCAGAAGAGGAGAAACGAACUGUCAAGAGAAAAGUUGGUCGACCAAGAAAGGAUGAAAGCUCCUCACAACAACCACCGAAACGAAAAGUUGGUAGACCAAGAAAAGAUCAAUCUGCCACCAAUGAGGCACGAACUGCUAAAAAAUUAGGUAGACCACGAAAAGUUAUAGAAUCUUCUUCAGAAUCAUCCUCAUCAGAGGAAGAGGAUGAUUCAUCCGAUACCCAACGAAAUGAGCACGAUGCAGACAUUGAGGUUGCAAGGAAAUUCAACAUUCGAUUGAGUAAGGUGAAGGCCUACCAAGGAAUUAGUACUUCAAUUCCAAAAAGAAAGUACACCAAGCAUGCUGACAAACACAACGAGCAAUAA